GACUUCCUGUUUUGUUACGCAGCAAUACUGACACUUGGUAUUUAAUUUGCCUCUUCUGGGCUGUGUGUGAGAAGCGAAAUUACACUCUUCAUUUUUAGGAAUGACAAGUUUAUCUGCUAUAGAUCAAGAUCAAGAGAAGCUACCUUUGAGAUCUUCAGCUUCAUCAGAAAACCACAUGGAUUCAUCAGUGACAAGUGAAAUCAACCUAAAAAAAUCUGAAGCACCAUGGCAAAAGAGUGUGUGUUCGGUGUCUGACGGGUCACCCUCUAUGGAGCAGCAUAUCACUGAAAGUAUGAGCGUCACCUCAGCUGACCAGGACAAGGUGCAGCUCCUCAACAACAACACGGAGCUCCGCAAAGUCAACAAAAAGCUGAUGAAACUGAAUGAGGACUGGGACCAGAUGUAUCGCAAUACCACCCUGGGGUUGCAGCACAUGCUGGACGGUUUGGAGGUGGAAAAUGCCACCCUCAAAGAGCUGAACAGCAAACUACUCCUAAAGGUCGAGAACCAGCAGAGUGCAAAGGACUAUUACGAGCAGGCAUUCACGCUGGAGCUGAAGAAGAAUCAAGAACUACAAGAAUAUGUCAGGCUACUAGAGGGCCGAAAGUACCUGCCACCUGUCCAAAAGCAGGACAGGGUCUGUGCGACCAUCCCCGGCCUCUCAUCUUCAAGCUCCCCUCCAUCAUGCGUCACCCCUGCCUCUUCUAGUCUGGAUGCGCAGCCGCAACCCAAACCCCCGGGCUGUGACUCCCACCGAGAGAUUCUGGACCUACAGGAGCAGCUAGAAGCAAUGAGGUGUCAGACAGAGAUCUAUGAAGCAGAAUAUCGGACGGCGCACAACAAUCACAAAAGCACAUUGCAGGACAACCAAAGGCUGAGAAGGAAGAGGGAAGAGAUGCGACAACAGCUGGCCCUAUUGCAAGAGCAGCUCAAAGUAUACGAGGAUGACUUUCGACGGGAGCAAUCGGACAAACAGAUGCUGCAGAGGCUGCUGCUGAAAAAAACAGCACCCAACAAGGACCCAGUGCUGGUGCAUCGCUGCAAUAACGGAUCCCAGCCACAGGGAGGAGACACGUGGACACAGACUGCAGCCGGAAAGCAACACCACCCACUCUGUCCCAAGCAUCCAAAAAGGGGCAACGACUGAGGAAGAAGGAAACCUGAACCAUACACUCCAUAAAUUAUUCAUAAUGUUUCAGAAACCCUCAUAAUAUACUGCAAAUAAUUAUGAUACCACACAGUAUCAUACCAAUCUUUUGGGGGGAUAGAGCUGCAUUAUUAUUAUUAUUAUUAUUAUUUGUUAUGCUCCAUUUGUCCCCUUACCCUAAUGAGGGUGACGAUAGACAAUGUUGAAAAUAUAUGCAGUAUCAAAAAAAAAAAAGCAGUAUAGAAAAUACGGAUGAAUGGAUGGACGGACGGCCGACCGACCCAUGGGUAUACCCCAAACAUGAUUAUCUCUCAUAUCUCAUUUGGCCUGCGAACACCUGAAUGUCACCCAGGAAGUGUAAGAUUACAUUGUUUGAGAGAGAGAUGCAUCACAGCAACCUGAUUCUAGAUCAGCAGCAGGAAAAACAUUAAAAUAGAUGUUUUAAAGACUGAAAUCUAAACAAAACUGUACAAAGAAAUGUAGUCCUGAACAUGCAGGGAGGCAGAUUAAGAAUUGAAAUCAUCAUCAAUAUAUAGAGGUACAGAUAUACAGUAUAAAGAUAGAAGCCUUGUUUCAGUACACAAGACUGACUGUUAUGAUUUUUAUCGUGAGUCUUUAUGUGAAUAUUAUGGCAAUACAUAAUGGUAGGUUAGGGUCCUAGAAAGGAAAGAGAUUUUUCAAGCAUUCUAAUCAAUUAUACAUUUAGAACAUUGACUAUGUAUGUAAUCAGAUAGUUGGAAUCGUUUUGGACUUGUAAAGAUGAUUCUUUCUUUAUUUUUUAAUUCUUUAACAAUGAGUCUUUUGCGCGGCACGGUGGACGACUGGUUGUUUGUUUGUAUGUGCCCUGCGAUUGGCUGGCAAUCAGUUCAUGGUGUACCCCGCCUCCUGCCCGAUGAUAGCUGGGAUGGGCUCAGAAAAUGGAUGGACGGAUGAGUCUUUUACCACUGUCAAUUUUCAACAGUAUACUCAUUUACCCAAUAAAAAUGCACAAUGUGGUGAUGGUAUUAAUAAUUGUAAGACAUACUUCUUUAUAUACUGUACAUACAUACACAAAAUGAACGUGGAUGUGUGCCAUGUGAUAGGUUGCCAUUGCGACACCAACAUUUUAAAC